UCCAAAUUUAAUGAACAUUUUUUUACUUGGUUUUACAGAGGCUAAAUCGAACUUAGGCCGAACACCCAGACAGUGUAUGAAGUCCAUCACUCAAAUUGAAGAUUGUAUCAUCCACAUAGAAUACCAGUCGCGCCGGUGGACAUGCCUGCCUCGGAGGGCCACCGCCGCGGCUGACCCUCCCGCAGCUCAUCCUUCGGAGGAUCGUGGCUCCGCGCCGCUGUCCGGAUCACGAUGGCAGAGAAGGUGCCCCCUGGCCUGAACAGGAAGACCUCCAGGUCGACCCUCUCCCUUCCACCCGAGCCCGUGGACAUCAUUAGGAGCAAGACGUGCUCGCGGCGGGUUAAGAUUAACGUGGGCGGCCUCAACCACGAGGUCCUGUGGCGCACGCUGGACCGCCUGCCGCGCACGCGCCUGGGGAAGCUGCGGGACUGCAACACGCACGAGAGCCUGCUCGAGGUGUGCGACGACUACAACCUGGGCGACAACGAGUACUUCUUUGACCGGCACCCGGGGGCCUUCACGUCCAUUUUAAAUUUCUACCGGACCGGGAAGCUGCACAUGAUGGAAGAGAUGUGCGCGCUCUCGUUCGGCCAGGAGCUCGACUACUGGGGCAUCGACGAGAUCUACCUGGAGUCGUGCUGCCAAGCCAGGUACCAUCAAAAGAAGGAGCAGAUGAACGAGGAGCUGAGGCGGGAGGCCGAGACCAUGCGAGAGCGGGAGGGGGAAGAGUUCGAUAACACCUGCUGCCCCGAGAAAAGGAAGAAGCUCUGGGACUUGCUGGAGAAACCUAACUCGUCGGUGGCUGCAAAGAUCUUGGCCAUCGUGUCUAUCCUGUUCAUCGUACUCUCCACCAUCGCACUGUCUCUCAACACUUUACCAGAGCUGCAGGAAAUGGAUGAGUUUGGACAACCCAACGACAACCCCCAGUUGGCACACGUGGAGGCUGUGUGUAUUGCUUGGUUUACCAUGGAGUACCUCUUACGCUUCCUGUCCUCACCAAAUAAGUGGAAGUUCUUUAAAGGCCCACUAAAUGUCAUUGAUUUGCUGGCCAUCUUGCCCUAUUAUGUCACCAUCUUCCUCACGGAGUCCAACAAGAGCGUGCUGCAGUUCCAGAACGUGCGGCGCGUCGUUCAGAUCUUCCGGAUCAUGCGCAUCCUCCGGAUCCUGAAGCUGGCCAGACAUUCCACAGGCCUGCAGUCUUUGGGGUUCACCCUCAGACGGAGUUACAACGAGUUGGGCUUACUGAUACUAUUUUUGGCCAUGGGGAUAAUGAUAUUUUCCAGCCUGGUUUUUUUUGCUGAGAAGGAUGAAGAUGCUACCAAGUUCACCAGUAUCCCAGCGUCGUUUUGGUGGGCCACCAUCACCAUGACCACCGUGGGCUACGGUGACAUUUACCCCAAGACACUACUAGGGAAAAUCGUGGGAGGCCUCUGCUGCAUUGCCGGGGUUCUGGUGAUUGCCCUUCCCAUCCCGAUCAUCGUGAAUAAUUUUUCUGAGUUUUACAAGGAGCAGAAACGCCAGGAAAAAGCGAUUAAAAGGCGGGAGGCUCUGGAGCGGGCCAAAAGGAACGGAAGCAUCGUUUCUAUGAACUUAAAAGAUGCCUUUGCUCGAAGCAUGGAACUGAUAGACGUGGCCGUGGAGAAGGCAGGCGAGUCGGCCAGUACCAAGGACUCGGCUGACGAUAACCACCUCUCUCCAAGCCGGUGGAAGUGGGCCAGGAAAGCUCUGUCGGAAACAAGCUCCAACAAGUCUUUCGAGAACAAGUACCAGGAGGUGAGCCAGAAGGACUCCCAUGAGCAGCUGAACAACACGUCUUCCUCCAGCCCGCAGCAUCUGAGCGCCCAGAAGCUGGAGAUGCUCUACAACGAGAUCACCAAGACCCAGCCUCACCCCGCCCCGAACCCCGACGGCCAAGAGCAGCCCGACAGGCCAUCCGCCUACGAGGAGGAGAUCGAAAUGGAAGAGGUGGUCUGCCCGCAGGAGCAGCUGGCCGUGGCGCAGGGCGAGGUCAUCGUGGACAUGAAGAGCACGUCCAGCAUAGACAGCUUCACCAGCUGCGCCACCGACUUCACCGAGACGGAGAGGUCGCCCCUGCCACCACUCUCCGCCUCCCACCUGCAGAUGAGGUUCCCCCCCGACCUCGCAGGGACCGACGAGCACCAAAGAGCCCGGGGGCCCCCGUUCCUGAUGCUCGCCAGGGAGAAGGGGCCCGCGGCCAGGGAUGCCAUCCUGGAAUAUGCUCCAGUCGACAUAACGGUGAGCCUGGAUGCCAGCGGUUCCCAAAGUGGGCUCCACGGCCCCCUGCAGCCCGACGGUGCCUCGGAGAGCCCCAAGAGUUCGCUGAAAGGCAGCAACCCCCUGAAAUCCAGAUCGCUCAGAGUGAACUUCAAGGAGAACAGAGGCAGCGCCCCGCAGACCCCCCCCAGCACAGCCCGGCCGCUGCCCGUCACCACGGCGGACUUCUCCCUCACCGCCCCGCAGCUCAUCAGCACCAUCCUCCUAGAAGAGACCCCCUCCCAGGGAGACAGGCCCUUGCUGGGCGCCGAGGGCUCGGCACACUGUCAGGGACCUUCCAAGGGGCUGACCCCCCGGUUUCCCAAGCAGAAACUCUUUCCUUUCUCAUCAAGAGAGAGGAGGAGCUUCACCGAAAUAGACACUGGCGAAGACGAUGACUUCUUAGAGCUCCAGGGGCCCGGGCAGGACAAGCAGGCCGAGCCCAGCCCUAACUGCUUUGCAGAUAAACCUAGCGACGGAAGAGACCCUUUAAGAGAAGAGGCCUGUGUGGGCUCUUCCUCCCCCCAGGACACCAGUCACAACUGUAGGCAAGACGUUUACCACGCUGUGGCUGAAAUGAAAAAGGACAGUAGUCAAGAAGGGUGCAAGAUGGAAAACCACUUGUUUGCCCCAGAAAUUCAUUCCAACUCGGGAGACACAGGUUAUUGUCCCACACGUGAAACCAGCAUGUGACUAGUUACAAAAGCAAUAAUAAUCAUAAUAAUAAAACACUUGUUUCUUAAAAAACCGGGUAAUAAUGCCUGUGAACUAAAACCAUGGGAAGCCCCUGCCCCCCCCAAAAAAAGUGCAUAAAAUGUUAUUUUUGCAUGGCAUGAACAGUUUAGUUUAAGUACUGUUUAAAUAAAGAGUCAAGACUGCAUUUUGUAACAAACAAACAAAAAUGACUGAGGAACAGUGAACAAAUAAAGAGAGCUCUAUUAGGAACCAGUAUUCUGCAAUGUCUGACAUUUUUGGUCCUUUCAUUCCACAUUGUAGACAGAUUUUCGACUUUUACCUUUUCUGUUACAAUGAAUUUUAGAAUUUGCACAUGAAAGGAUGAAAUGUCAUUGCAUGCAUUCAUAAUUAUGAGGACCAAGGUGCUUUGAGCUGGCAAAAUGUGUACCUUUGUAAAUAAUGGGACCCGGGAUGCAAAAUUGUCAAGAACCUCUGGAAACAAGUUUCUGAGACACAGGUACUUCCUUCUCAGCUACUGCCUGGAGGAGCUGUACAGACUUCUUGUUGCAAAAUUGCAACCUCUUCUUAAACCAUCUCACAUAUCUUGCUUUGGGUUAUAAAGCUCUUAAAAGUACAUUUGUUUAAAGGAAUACAGUAUUUUUAUUGUGAUAUAAUUCAUAGGGUGCAUUUUUCUUUUGUGCUUCUGCUUAGUUCUGGCAUUUGUGCUUUAUUUAUAAAUCAUGAAAACAGGCAAGAUUUAAUGACCAGAUUAUCAACAAAUUUCGAAUUUAAACUUGAAAUUUUGCCAAUCCAAAUUUUGCCACAGCCUAAAAAACCUGAAAAUAUGUCAAAGGUUCUCAUACAACUCAACUUUUUUUUUUUUUAAUGCCACUCCACAUUUGGAAAUUGGGUUUGUUUUGGGGUUUUGUGUCUUUUUUUAGUUGUAUGUUGGCCAUCAAAAAAGGAUGGUAUUCUCCACUUAUAGCCGACAUGAACUUCUCUAUCUAAAGAACUAAAGAUAGAAUGCAGAUAUGCCAAAAUGGGAAUUCCAAAAAGUGACUUUUGACAAACUAAAAGCAAAACUUUUUAUUAAGUGAGACUGCUGUCCCUCUCAUAGUUAGUUGGGUUCAGAAAUGAGCUACCAUAAAAGGAGUCCAGUAUUUCCCAGUGAGGGGAGAGAACACUGUGGCACGAGGAGUGUUACAGACCCCAGUGGGCACCUGCCAGUAACUGCAGCAGCUAGAAACACCCGUUCACCUUUCCAAUGUCCCCAAGCAUCAUCAAGACUAUCCUUGUUGAAAGUCACUUCCAACACUUUCUACUGAAAACACUGAAAUCCAGAGGAGUUAAGACACUUGUUGGCAGUUAUGCUGUUGGUGAGUCUGUGCUAAGAACCCAGGUCAUAUGAAUCCAUUUUGCUUCAUGGGAAAUGAAGGCUCUGCUUCCAGAUCCACAACUACUAGAUGUGUGAUUCUGGACAAGUCUUGAAAACCUCGUAGUCUCAGUUUUACCCCAAUAAACCCAAGACAAAAAUAUUUCUAAGCUCCCUAAAGACUUCAAAUUAAUAUGAUUCCUUGGUCUCUCAGGAAUGUCCAAGUUUUGCCUCAGCAUAAUGCAUUGCUUGUGUGUGUGUGCAUGCGUGUGCGUGUGUGUGUGUGUGUGUGUGUGUGUGUAGUUCAGGAAAGAUUUGGGAAAAUUCUGGACCAAAUUUAAAGCACAACUUUUGUUUAAAGAAAAAAAUUCUAAAUCUUAUUCUAUUUUUAAAAUUACAGUAAGAACAUUGGAAAAAGACAACCCAAAUGUUUAGAAUUUAAGGCUUUGGGAAUAACAUUUAUUAACAGAAUCUGGUCAUUAUAUCUCAGGUAAGAAAACAUGUUUUGAUCUUAGUUGAAAUCCAAGCAUCCCUAUGGCUAAAAGCAGUUUUAAGUGUUUCUUUUUCACUGUGCUUAUAAUUUCUUAAUGAUUUUCAUGUUUGUCUCAAGACAUAAUGUUUAAGGGUUUAUGGUCAUUAACUAUUGAUAUUUACAGUACUCCUACUUAUUUCAAUGUCUAUAAUGAAAUGUCGAUCUGUUUUUGUAAAUCUAGAGUGUUCAAAUUUUCUACAUGUAGUUUUUCAAGUCCAACAGGUAUGUCUUCUGUUAGAUGAAUAGCAAAUAAGUUAUGAAAAUCAUUUUCUUUACAUAGUCUCAUGAAACAGUUAUUUUUCUAAUGUCUCUGUAUUGUUGAAUCUCAAUUUUUUUAUUGAUCUGUCUGCAUAGGUGGAUUUGUCUUCUUGCCCUGAUUGUUCACUAAUGCCCACUUUCAUGUGUCCAUUAGGCUUUCUACUAAGACCCUGCUCCAGAAUGCUUAAUGUUAGAAAUCUUGCCUAGAGAAGGAAUCCUAGACAUUCCAACCUGGAAGCAUUUUCCUUAAAAACGUUUUUCCUUUUAAUAUUUUUUAAGUUUCAAAGAGUUUUCAAGAACAUCUUAUGGGAAGCUCAACCUUCAAUUCUUCUUAGCCCCUCCGGCCAAAAGUCUUCAGUUAGGAAAAAAAUAAAAUGCUCCUUAAAAACAAACAAAAAAAAAAACGAAAAAAUGAAAAACAAAAAAACAACUGACUUUGUUGUUUCACAGGGAGGCGGUUUGGGAACUGAGGGCUCCCAGAAUGCACUCCUGCAGCACUUCCUAAAUCCUUUCAAUGAACUGCACCUGACGCAGAGAAUGAACGUGUGUAUGCCUGAAAUGGUCUACAAAUAUACCAAGCACAGAGUUCUUUUGAAGUCUUAUUUUUACAUUAAAAAUCCAUAUAAAUGCUGCAUUUUACUCCAUUAUGUUUCAAUAUAAAAGAAAUGAUGUUUUAUAUUGCUUAUCAACUAGUAAAAUUGAUACUCUUAUAACUUCAUAUACCUCUUUUGUACCCCUUGGAAAACAUAUCCCCAGUUUAAGAAGCACUGCAUGAAUGACGGGAACAUAGACUGACCUUUCAGGUACGCUGGAGGUUUCUGCUACUGAGAAAGGGUACUCAUCGGUAACUAGCUCAGUGACCGAGGACAAACAUCAGUGAGUAGAGACUUUGAAUGAACUCUAAAUAAUACAGACUCAAGAAUGGCUAAUUUGAUUCUUCUAGCUAUCUUAACAACCAGUGCAAAUUGCCACAAGAUCAACUUAGCUCAAAGACUGAGAUGAAUCAUAGAAGUAUAGAAAUGGACACAUGGAUGAAUGUCUUGGGUUGAAUCACAAAUAUAAGAGUGACAUAAUUGAGUCCCUGGAGUUGAUCUGAUUUGUCUCUAAAUAUUUCCACUAGAAAUUUCUCCAUUCUGGCAAAACCAACUGCUUUGAAGCAAGCAUUUAGAUCAAGCAUUAUCCUGAUAUGACUAGAUCUGGUAACAAGGAGAGAGUGUAUGCCAAGUAUCUGUUCCCAUUAAUUUCUUGUCAAAACAGUCUCACUCUCAUGUAGACACAGGCUGGGGAAAGCCAACAAUUUAACUAUUUUCUCCUAGAAUUUGAAUAGCAAAAAGAAAAAAAAAAAGCCUUAUGUAUGUAGAGUACCUUAUAGUUUCUUCUUGAACUUAAUCCUCACAACAGCCUUCUGAAUUAGGUGUUAUUUAUCAAUAAAGGACCAGAGAGGAUAUGUAUUUUGCUCAAGCUGACACAGGUCACUGGCAAGUAGAAGAACCCAGCCUCAUCCAUGUUGUCUGGCAUCAACACACUAGAGUAUGCUUCAUUAGGGGUUUUUUUUCCCAUUAAUAUAUGAAAUUAUGUUAAAAAAAAAAACCCUGGAGAUAGAUUUAUAGUCAUGUGGUUUGCUUAAAGCAGCAGUGGAUCAUAGCCAAAUGGUAAUUGACUGAAGAUAAAUGACAUUGACCAUCUUUAGCACACGUUUGCCAAUUUAGAAUUCUUGUCAUAAGAUCCACACUCAUGGGUGAAAGAAAAGAAUUCAUAGCUCAUGAUGUAACAUGACAUACAUAUUAGCCAGAGGGUUGAAGGAAGCUACUUGAUUUUCUGAAACAAAAACAACUAAAACUUUAGAAAUUCCUCUAGUCGAAGUUCAAAAAUUUUGUCUAAUUGAAUUUGUCAUUUCAUUGUUCAUUCAUUCAGCAAAUACUAGGUGAGCACUCCUCUAUUACUAAAACUAGGUAUUCUAUGCCUAAAUAUUAAGUGAGCACCUCUGUAUUCCAUAGAAGGCACUGUGCUUGGUGUUAGGGUACAACCCUUAACCUCACAGAGCUGACUGCCUGGCCCAUUUACAACCAGGCUGAGGAUCAUUUGGGGGUACUGAAAAAUGUCUCUUCUGAGUAUGGAAAAAAUCACUCCGUUAUCAAACCAGGGAAGCAGAUGACAACAAGUGAAAUGCUUUUCCUGCAAACUGUUUUCCUAAGAAAUAGACAGAUGGCAUAAAUGGAAGUCUGAUACAUAAUUAUUUUUGAGACGCAAUUUAGAUUUACAUGAGAUAACAAAUUGUUAACCUGAGUAAGAUAAUGGAUUGUCUUUCCUCAUUAUCUGGUUAAUCAGAAAAUAAUUUUUCAAUUAGGGAUGCUGCUUGUCAAAAUAGCUAGUCAUGGUCUAUCACUAAUAACUAUAACAAGAUUUAAGUGAAAAGUCUGUAGCACAUUUUAUAUUUUAAUAGUUGAUGAUGGUUAUGAGGUUAAAAACAAACCAUUUUUAUGGUUUGUCUUACUUCCCGUUGACUACAGGUAACAUUUGAGCAAUGUAUCACUAUUCUUUGUUUAGCCCUCUGAAUUUCUAAAUGGAAGAUAUUUAAAAUUCUAUUGUAUGGCUUGACUCAGGGGACUUAUUCACGAGGUCCUUGUGACUUUGAAAAUCUAUUGGAAAAAAAAUUAAAAAAAUCUAUUGGAUAUUUUUCCACUGCCACUGUCCUCACCCAUACAGAACUAAGAAAAGAAAAAAAGAAAGACUCUACAAAAUCUAAGUAAAAAAAAGGAAAUGCUCAAAGGCCCAUCCCUAAUAGGAAAGAGGAAAGGCCCCAACUCCAAAGCCUUGGUUCUAUGUUAUUGAAGCUAGUGCUUACUGUAAUAUAAUGUUAUCCUGCAAUAUAAUGUUAUUGGUUUCAAUAACCGUUUCUUCUACUUGCCUUUUUAAAACAGCACAAUCACCUAAGUCCUUAUUUACCAUUACCAUUAAUGCAUAACUACUUCCUUCUUAAGACUCAAGGGGUAUUAAUCUGUGAAUAUAAUAUAAAGGGAGGUGGGGGGAGAUGCUCUAUAAUAAUAAGACAUCCCAAGGCCAACAAAAGAUACAAGCACAAAAAUGAAGAAAGAAAGACAAACAUGUGAGUAAGUUAAACAUUUUUUUAAGCAUAGAAAUUUAUAUUAGGUACAUGUAUAUGCUUUUAUAAAAUAUAGACUUACUAUCGACAUGAAAUUCACAACUGAGGCCAUAAUUCCAAGUUUAAUCUCUCUCCUUAAGAAAUUAUUUCUUAAAAAAAAGAAAUUAUUUCUUAUAAUUUAUUUAACAGAUACUUCCAGAUUGCUGUGAUAAAUAAAAUACUUCAUUCAGCUAACAUUUAUUGUCUACCAUGUGCCAGAAAUUAAUUUGUGCACAGUUUAUCCCUUAAUUUUACCAUCUAGCAGAGAUUCCAUCUUUAAAGAGAUUAUAUUCCCAAGUGAAAUCCAAUUCCACACAGUGAGCUGGAAAUAGUAUGGUAGUAUGUUUGAGUUUAUAGUCUGAGCAUUCUUAUAAUCCAUUUUUAUGUUCCCUCAGACUCAAAUUCUUUAUUUCAUUCCUUAAUCUAGGAUCUGAAUGACCACCACAUAUAUGCUUUCUACACAUACAUCUUUAAAAUUAUAGUAGCUAUCUGAAAUCUAGUGACAGUGUAUUUCAAUGGAGAUAUUACCCUCUUCCAUCAAAGGAAAUAUGAUUCUAGCAAAAAAUGAUAUUGAAAAUAAUUGCUUUUGUACUCCCAUAACUAUUUUUUUUUAACUCUUGGCCUAUAUGCUGUGAUAAAAGCCAUCACAACCUACUGAUCUGAUGAAAAUCUAAUCCAACCUGAGCAAGUAUUUUCUCUCCCAUCCACUAUGGAUAGUAAUGGCAAAUGAUAUGGCCGAAUGGUUUUUCUUUUAGUUAUUUUUGUUUCAUUUUAACCUAAAAAGGAUGUGAAUUGUCAUACCAAACAAUAAAAAUAGACUUUCAAAAUCAAGAUCCGGGGUAACAGACACAAAAUAGUGAAAACAGACCAGAGAUAGACACGCAGAUCCAGAAAGUAUGACAUGGGCUGCCAUCUGCUGUUUAUUCUCCAUGUUGAGUGCCUUCUAGUGGUCGAUUGGAAAGAAAGCGAAAUUCUCUAUUUGCCUGGAAAGGAAGCAGUAAUGGGGACUUGAAAGAAAGUUUUCUACGAUUUUACACCUUCCAUUACACGUGCAUAUAACCAAAAUCACAACUACAUCCUAGACAUUUUUUUCAGUGAUUUCUCAGUUUUCCUUUUUCCUAUUUCAAAAUAUCUGAUAAAACUGUUGUGACUUUCUGCACAGUACUUUCAGAAUAUUUCUACCUGCCGCCUCCAAAUCAAAACAAAAUCACAGGUCUUGCUAUUUAACAGUGUCUAGUGUGGACUCUGACUACAUAGUAAAUGCUACUUUGACCUUACCACUAUGAGUGCAAAACUAGAGAGAACUCAAAAGAGUGAUUUUUUUUUUUUAAGAAUCAUAAACUUGUAAAAAAUAAGUCAUUCGGUUGAUUAACUCCAAAACCCAUGAUCUCCAUUCUUCCUGGAGUUUACAGAUAGAACACAAAAUGCCCCUGAAUUGACCCCAGUGAAAAAAUAGAUGGUUUCUAAACUCCCAAGAGACAUCUGUGGGUGCUGGCCAGAAAUUCAAUUAUAGCCAGAUUUCUGCCACCUUUAACCAAGAUACUUCUAACAGUCUUAUUUGCAGUGUAUGGGCUAGGCUGACUUUAACCUGCAAAUACAUCAUAAUGUUUAAUUGAAAUUAGGAGGAUUUUUGUAAAGAAAAGAGAUACAUAGAAAGUAAUAGGUACUAACGUUACCCAAAUUACUUCUCCAACAAAAUGCUAUCACCAAAAUUAAUAUAUAUGUAUAUACAUAUGUAUACAUAUGUAUAUAGUAUGAAAAUCUCACUAAAGAUUUGGCAAAAUUUUCCUAUUCAAAGACCAAAAAAAAGAAAACAAAAAAAAGCCCUGCAAUUUACGAAACACUUAGGUUUGUCAUACAAUAACCAAGUUUCAAAUUUAUGCAAUUUUAAAAAGGUAUUACAUUAAACCUUUAAAAAUGCAACAGUGAAUAUAUUAAAAAGGUUUAUUAAGCAUAUAUAAGGUACCAUUGGCACACUGAAGCAUUUUUAAUAAUCUUUCAUUUGACAGCAUAAUGGUUAUGUCUUGCUUUUAGCAUCUUGUUUUCAGCCCGAAAGCUCUUCUGUUUUAUAUUGUUGUGUUUCCUUGCUUCUUUGUUUUGUUUGAAGAAGUGAGGGUAAGUGGAACAAUGUGUUCAAAGGGGAAGUUAUUGGACAACAGUUGUUAACAUUACCUACUGGGCCCGGGGUACAAGGGAAACCAUUUGUGGAAGGGACUUGACCUCCUUCCCUUCUGCCUUCUCAAGUCUCACCAUCUUGGUUUAGCAACAGAUUCUUUUGAUCAAACUCAGAUCCUGCUCAUCCAGAUUUUCGAUUCCUGUCUCGUCUGCAGCGCCUACCAGCAAUCCUCGCCUAGAGUUUGCCUGACUGUAUAGUACUUCCCGUCUCAAGUCAUGGGCAGGACCCAUUGAGGCAUUAGCAAUAGCAACUCGAAGCUCAAAGCUAAGAAUACCAGGGAGCUGUUCAGGUGGCCAGAGAAGCCUGAGUACCAAGGAACUAUCGACACAGUGUAAUAAUAUGGUUUGACCAUCAAAGCAAUGACACUGUAGUUUUCUCCCCCUGUUAACAAAAGAAUAAUUUUUUAAAACCUCUAUUAAGUUCUUGAACUUCAAAGGUAAAUAACUAGACUGAUGAGAAAGGUGGUGUCUACCUCACCGAUUUGUCACUGGGCAUCAUCCUAAAUGCACUUUCCACUAAAUUUCUGUGUGCGGCCAAUUAGUGUGUCUGCUUUCAAAACAGUAUCCAAAAAGGAAAAUACUGAUAUUAUCCUUUCCAUUUUCAAUGGUAACAACAUUUCAGCUGGGGGAAAAUUGUUAUUACUCUGGUAGUUUUUAUAUGGUUCUUGGCCAAAAUGUAAUAGCAAUUUAAACAGAACUUCAGCAAAAGAUAUUAGGGGUGAAGAAAAAGGCCAUCUCGAAAUAUUGUACUUUGCUGUACAUCUAGUUAGAAAUAAUUUGAAUUUGGAUUAAGAUUUCUUUUUAAGUUCUUUGCACACAAGUAUCUUUAGGUGGUCAUUUGAAAUGGAUAUUUCUCACUUUCCUGUGAGUUUUUUUUUUAAAAAAAAACAUUAUAAAUUAAGCCAGAUGGUAUAAAGUGAAGUACCUCACAUAAUACCCGACAGGAGAUACUUUUAUUUUUUUUUUGAAAAUAUUCCAAAAGAAAUCAUUCAACUCACAUUUGUGUGCUUAUUACUGAGUCUUCUAAAAUUCUUCUGUGGCUUUCUAAACACUCAAAAAAAAUUUUUAAGAUUUUCAUUUAUUUAUUCAUGAGAGACACAGAGAGAGAGGUAGAGACACAGGCAGAAGGAAAAACAGACUCCAUGCAGGAAGCCCAAUAUGGGACUCAAUCCUACAACCCCGGGAUCACGCCCUGAGCUAAAGGUAGAUGCUCAACCGUUGAGCCACCCAGGCAUCCCUAAACACUCAAAAUUUUAAAGUGUCUAAGUAUAAGUGUAGAUUUUCACUCACUGUUACUUUAAAAUAGAGUAUAUUUUAUUUGCUAAAUUACAUAUAUAUGUAUUCUAUUGUUUACGUAUAUAUGUAUCUCCACCUCAUGUGGCUUUAAAAAAGAGACUGACGUUAUUUGGAGAAAUAACGUGCUAUGACAACUUAUGUAAUGCAAUUUUUUUAACCUAACAGCCUUACAUUUUUAAUGUUUAAUAAAAAAAAUGUCAACUUCUUCUAAAGAAAAAUCAGCUUCCUACAAUUAUAAGACUUUAGCUUUAUGAUCUAUCUGAAGAUUCUCUUACACUCUCCUUAUUACCAAAAAAUUAAACAUACUUAGGCAUGUGACUGUGCAACACGCUCUUCCAUCUUUAUGCUUUCAAUAUUUGUAAACCCAACGAGAUGGAUAUAUAUUUAUAUCCAAGGUAAUUCAUAACCAAAUUUGGUUCCAGAUUUGCCACAAUUGACUAUUUGCCAGAAUAAACUAUAAAAUGAGAAUAAAAGCUUUCAAUUUAAUAAGAAUUCUUUAUUCAGUUUUGUUUUCCUGUUCUAAAGCAUAGAUUAUCAUUAGACUAUGAUAAUCUAUGACUUCUUUGUUUUGCUUUUUUGUUAAUGUUAAAAUCUUACUGACCAAGAAAGGUAACAGAAGAGGGAGUUCAUUUUCUAUUUCAAUUUAUUUAAAAUGCCAUGUCACAAAAAAUUUAGAUACAACCCUUAUUUCCUACAAAGAGCCUCAGAGCUGAGUCAUGACCAAAGACUACAUGUGAUGCAGCACACUGUAGAGUCUUUACACGAAGUGCAACUACUCCAACCAAAUUCUGGGGAGUCAGGCAGUGCAGCUAACUCCAAUAUGAGAGACAGACUGAUUUUGGGAAAAUCUUCCAUUGAAUCUGCAAAGGAAGCUCCAAUAUACUCUAAAAUUUUACCUCCAGAGGAUCCAGUAUCUGGAAAACCGAAAAUAACAUUUUGAUUUUAAUGGAGGGUUUGUUUUGUUCUAUUUUGCCUAGUAUUUUUAUGAAAGCUUUAGGAUAACAUAUUAGUUUGGGGUUUCAAUCAACAUCUGAUGCUUAGAAAAGUAAUUCAUGGUCUAGAGCAUAAUUGCAGGAUCAUUUAGAUCAUACUAUUUAGUUAGCUAUAGCCUACCAAAUACUGUGUUCCUACCUGUUUUCUAAAAAAAAAAAAAGGUCCUCGCUUGUUAAAUAGUAUUCAGAUAAAGCAUUAAUACCAUCCAACCAGCUCACGAAAUGUAGUUAGUACCUGUCUCUGCAUAGCUUAUGUAAAAGCUCCACGUUGACCAUCCUUGUCUGCUGCAUUGAAAAGCUGCUGAGUGACUGUCUCAUAUUAUUAUGUCAACACAUCAUGUUACAGUGUCAUGUACAUAGGCCACAGUACAAAAGUGACUAUAAACUACUUACUCAACAUCUAGCCCAAGAAAGGGCUGAGGCAGUGCACUUACGCCUUUAGUUAAAGUGGCUCACGGAAUCAUUUCCAUCAUGCGUUCUUCAACCAUAAAUACUGAGGUAGUGUUUUUUAACUGUCUUUUCAGGCUUGUAAUACAAAUCUCUAUACCAUAUCUACGUAGUCUAAAAUAUGUCAAAUAACUCCGUUUAAAAAGUGUUGCCUACUAGCAAACUAACUAAAGAGAAAUAGCUACCGGGUUUCCUAUUUAGUUGCUUAAAUCAUUUGCCAUUGCCAGUGUAGACCUGCCUUAAAUGGUUUCCUUCACCACUAUUCUGUGUGAAAUGAAAAGAGGAUAUUUUGGUGAAUGCUUACCUGUCUGACAUUAGCCGUUUUCACCAGUCAAAGGAUAUACAUUCCUCAGGAAUGACCCAUCUAGUGAUGUCCAGUAGUCAAGAGGAUACCUUAUUUUCACUUUGGCCUCCAAAAAAGUAAAGUUGGAAAUGUACAAAAUUAACACGUCUAGACUUUCAAAGGCCAGCAUCUUGUGGGGGCCGGGGGGCAGGGGGGUACAGGGAGAGGAUUGGACAAGAAAGAAGAAAGAAGACAAGAGGGACAGAGAGGGGAGAGAGGAAAAAAAAAGAAAACCUAAUAGAGAAAGGCAGAUCUCCAAAUGAGUUAAAUGAAGAGAAACUAAAGUUUGUAGUGUGUAUUCUUUGAAAAGUUGAUUGGCUUUUGGGAGGGCUGUAUGUGUUUGUAUAUGUGAGCGUGUGAACAUGAGUGUGUUUAGGAUCAGGAGGGGGAGCCUGAAUCAUCCACUGCUUUUUCAGUUAAAUAGAGUCAUAUAUUAUUAAAACCAAAUAUGUCUAACUCCCAGACUCAUUAAUUCAAUGUUUAAUGUUAGAAUUAUAAUCUUAUUGUUAAACUCAGGACAACUCUGUGAAGAGUCACAAAAUAAUUGUAUGAAACCUUAUGGCAAAACUACAAAGCUAUCAGUAAUUAAUGCACAUAAAAAGCCUUGCUGGGAAUAAUCAUGGGUGAUUUCCCUAAAAAACAGGUUGACAUGCAACCUAUUCUUUUUUCUUCCCUCAAGUUGUAGAGAUUUUAAGAGUUUCUAUUAAAUCCCUAACAUCCCCCAGAUUAAAAGCAUUCAAAAUUAUUUUUAAAACCUAAGGAAUAUAGAGUAUCAGGCAUUACAAGUUAAAUGAAUAGUUCCUACAAUUGCUGUAUACAUUAAGUAAUACGAUUUCAUAUUUCUAAAUUAUACAUGGUACUAGAUUUAUAGGCACAGUCGCAUGAAGCAUCUUUCACUUUUAUUCACUUCAGUGUUUUCGAGGGUUUUCAUACUACUCUAUGAAUGCUCUGAAUGCUGCAGAGGAAAAGAAGCACAAUCAGUAUUUUUAUGUUUUAAGAUUUCUCAUUUGGGUUAUCCCGUCCUGUCCAUACACGUAAUAGCGUCAACAUUUCAUCUUAUGCUGUGUUGAAAUAUUUUCAGUACAAACUCUCAAUAAAAGCUAAAGCUUACACAGAAGUGGUAAGUCUUGUCUAGUGUCAUCCAUCUGCCUCCACAUGCUUUCUUUCAUUAUAUUUGCAAACGAGGUGUUCUGAUUUCAAUCUUGUGAAGAGGAUAUGGUUCAGCAUACUCGUGUUUGUUCAGCUGUCCAUCCUGCACCAUUAAUACAAUGCCUUUCUCUCCCAUUUAAUGGUGUUUGUAUCAGUGUCCCCAUAUCUGCUGCAUUUUAACUCCAUAAAAAGAAAAUGUGAUUUUGUAUGAGUAGUUUUUGCUGAUCAACUCUAUAUUUCUGCACCAAUCAGCAUACUUAUAUGCAUGUAGUAGUCUGUACAAUUGUUCAACAUCAAAAUACUUGUUUACUUUAUGUCAAAAUGUCUAUAAAAUUGCUGGCAGUGUUCUCCAUUUCAGUCUAGUAGAAUAAGCAAGAUAGAAAAUAAAUGUGUAAAUGAA